AUGGUGGGCUGUCAUAUCGAUGGUGUUUGCAUCAAUAAUAUAAGUUAUGCCGACGACAUGGUGCUGCUGAGUCCAUCAAUGGGUGGUCUAAGGAAGCUGUUACGCACUUGUGAGGCGUACGCUGUGCCUCACGGACUCAAAUAUAAUGCUAAGAAAAGUGAGUUCAUGGUAUUUAAGGCUGCUGGUAUGAACUAUACACAACUACUAGAAGUGUCACUCUGUGGUACAGUUUUGUCCAGGGUGUCGAAAUUUAAAUAUUUGCGUCAUUGGGUCACGGAGAAUCUCAAUGACAAUUGUGACAUAGAGAGGGAGCGCAGGUCGCUGGCUGUUCGCUGCGAGGGCUUAGAGCAUAGACCGUCACGCUGCUUCAAUGCGGGUUGGGGACUUCACACGCUUUCCGAGGAGUGUGAACCUUCUUCGACAUGCAGGUUCCAUCACGCUGAAAAUUAUCAUGAAGGAGAACCUUCACCGAAAAGCUCAUGA